ACAUGGCUUAUACAGAACCAUUUGCUCAUAAAGUCCAGGACACACUGUCCAUAUUGACCGCAUGAUUUGAUCUUGACAAAGAAUUCCCAUCCCAAAUCUUGGAACUAUCUUUUUGGUUCUCUCCAGCAACCCUCAUCUGAGAUCAUUGGAUUUAUCCAGGUUGUAUUUGUCAUCUUAUUCAUAAACAGUUGGACCUGUAAUUAUGAAAUGCAACUCCUCCUAGCUUCUCAUAACAACCAAAGUGAUUGAAACUGAGGGUUGAUUUCUCAAGAGAGAGAAAAGAUGAAGUUACUAGGUUGGAUGCACCGUAAGCUUCGGCAAAAUGGUAGUGAAACACUGAAGGAUUUUGCUAUUGGCAAUCCUUGCAAUUGCCUUAUAGGACAGCCAUCCCUUGAUGACCAACAAUACUACACGAAACCGAACUAUGGGACAAGAACAUUUAGGCAAGCCCAGAAAGAGCACCUUCGAAAGUCUUUUGCUGGUUUAGAAGCAGCUCGAGUAGAAGAAGAAGAAGGAGAAGAAGAAGAAGACUUUGAAGAAGAAUCUUCAGCCGCAAUAUCCGAACUAUUCCAUGGCUUUCUGGCAAUUGGAACUCUUGGUUCGGAGCCAGUCAACACUGACCCUUCAACACCAACAUUUCCCAUCUCUGUUGAGAAUAUAACUGAGAAAGAGACUGAAGUGACAGAGAAUGAACUUAAGCUUAUCAAUGAUGAGUUGGAGAAGGUUCUGGCAGAAGAUUGCAGCAAUGACUCAUCAGGAAGAAACAGUCAUGUCAGUGCUGGGAGAAGCAGUCAUGGCAGCACCAUUACACUCAGUGGCAAGCCAAUGGAAGGGCGAGAUUCCAAUGCAGUCUGUCCUCUGCAGGGAUAUCUCUUUGGAUCAGCAAUUGAACUGUCAGAGACAGCACCUGUGGCAAAGAAGGAGCACAGGACAUCACUUGGCGAGCUAUUUCAGAAAACAAAAAUAGCAGAGGAAAAUUAUGGUGUUAAAUUUGAGAGGGAGGAGAAGCGCGUGGAGAAGGAGGCUGAUAAAUCUGCCGUGAAUCUCAUGAAAAAGAUUCUGAAGAAGAAAAUGCUCCAUGCUUCUUCUAGGAGCUCUACUUCCGCUGGAGGAGCAACUGUUGAUUCUGCUUCAGCAGAAACAAAACUGCACAAGAUCCUACACAUGUUCCACAGGAAAGUUCAUCCUGAAAGCUCAACAUCGACAAGGAAGGCCGACAAGCCCCCAAAAACCGAGAAUAAGAAGAGCAACAACAAUGGGGGAAACAACAAUGGAGGACAGAUGCUUCUGGAUGAGGAUAUCACCAUAGUUCCCCGAACCCUUUCAAAGAGGAGCAUAAGGCGCUUCAAGAGUCAAUCUAACCCACCCCACUUCAUGUUUACUGGCUGUGACUCAAAUGGAAGCAGGGAAUGCUGGAUUAAAACAGAUGCAGACUACCUGGUGUUGGAGCUGUGAAAGGAAAAUGCAGCAGUCAAGUAUGGUUCUAAAACAUCUUCUUCAAUUAGAAAGAAGUAAUAAUGGGUUUGAAAACAUGUCCUUAUAGGUGAUUGAUGCUUGUAAAAUGUGAGUGUGAUUAUUAUGUUAUGAAGAACUUGAGUGGGAAAAAUAAAUGAAAAGGGCAGUUCUUACAGUACGUGCCUUCGAGUAAUUGUUAUGUAUAUCUGUUUGUGGUAGACAUAUUUUAGUUAUGUCCAAGUUAAAUUUCAUAUA